AUGAGCGAAUAUCUAGGAAUCGACAACGCCGUAGAGGCUAGGUUGUCCCAGCUGUUAUACUUAGAAGAAAAGAGAGACAACGCCAUAGAUAAUUUUGCCAAACACCAAGAAGUGGUCAAGCGUUGGUUCGAUAGAAGGGCGAAAGUAAAGACCUUCCACAUUUCCGAUCUCGUUCUUUGUUGGGACAAAGCUCAUGAACGGAAAGGAGAGCACAACAAGUUUGAUAAUCUGUGGCUCGGUCCUUUCCAGAUUUCUGAAAUUUUGGAAGAGAAUGCAUUCCAACUCAGGACCCUAACAGGUUCAGAGGAUGUUCAGGUAAAGAUGGCAGAUUGCUUGGCUAAGAUGACCCUUGCAAACAAUGGUAAAGAACUCAUUGCAAGGAAAGGUGCAAAAGUGCUUGUAAACAUGCUUUCAUCAACAUUGGAGGCAAAAACAUCAAGCUUACAGGCUUUGUUUAAUUUAUCAACUUUGGAUGAGAAUUCUGCUGUUCUUGUUGAUGCGGGUAUCUUGCCACCAUUAAUGAAUAUUCUUUUCAAAGUGCAUUCCUUACAUAAUCCUGCACCAACAAAUUUGAAAGAAUUAAGUGCUGCUACAUUAGCAAAUAUUGUUUCCAAGGCAGGGCAUUGGGAGUUUGCAGCUGCUGAUUCAGAAGGUAAUUCAUUGCAGUCUGAAGUCAUUGUUCAUAACCUUCUGGCACUAUUGACUCAUGUUGGCCCCAAUUGGAAAGUUAAGCUUCUUCAGAUACUCUAUGGCAUUGCAUUAUCACCACAGGCAGCAGAGUUUGCAGCAGUACACAUUAAAAAUGGGAAUGGCAUAAUUACCCUAAUUGCUUUUCUUGAAGAUCCAGAAGUGGACCAUCGGAUACAUGCAUUCAAGCUGAUAAGUGUUCUCUCAGAGAGAUUAGGCCAGCAAUUUGCAGAUGCCAUGAGAAGCAAUCAACUAAUCUUGCUGAAAGAAAAAUUGGUCAGUCCUGGGUCAAAUACACGUGAAGAAGGAUCAGCAGCUGCAUGCAUACUUGCUAACCUGCCUCUUUCAGAUGAAGAAGUGAAAAGGGUAUUGGGUGUAGAUCUUAUUGGAUGGAUUGUUAAUGCCCUUACAGAACGAAAAGGGAGUAGAGUUGGAAGAAAUGCAUGGGCUGAAGCCACCAUGGUGGAGGGCCUCCUUGGGGUUCUGCUUCAUUUCACUCGUUGUACAGACAAGAUUGUAUUAGAUUGUGUUCAACAAAAUCAGCUGAUGCUUGUUUUUAAAGAGCAUCUCAUGCACUAUAGGCAACCUAAGGCAAAGCAACUAUCUGCUAAAGGACUGCAGUAUUUAUCAGAGGCAGCCCGUAUUGUAGCUAGGGACUUAGAACCUCAACGUCCACAAGGCUGGUGUGUUUCUAUCAGGUUAAUGUGUAUGAGCUCUCCACCUUCUCCAACUUUAUGUCCUGUGCAUGGAGUACCAUGUGAUGAAGAUAGCACAUUCUGUUUAGUUAAAGCUAACGCAGUUAAACCCCUUGUUGAGCUUCUUGAGGAUAACAAUUUUGAUGUUCAGAUAGCAGCUAUAGAAGCCCUAUCAACUCUUCUUUCUGAUUCAAAUAAUUUAAGACUCUGUGUGGAAGAACUGGAUAAAGUAGAAGCUGUGAAGGGAAUCAUUGAUUUAUUCUUUGUGAUUAGACCUGGGCAACUACAGGAAAAAAUAGUGUGGAUGAUAGAAAGAAUUUUACGUGUGGAAGAUCAAGCCCAAAAGUAUUCUAUUGAUCAGAGUCUAGUAAAAGCAUUGGUAGAAGCAUUCAAGCAUGGAAAUCCAAGGACCAGAGAUUUGGCUCAAAUUGCUCUUACCAAUCUUAAGCAGCUGUCUGGAGUUAGCGGUGGAGUGCAGCCUCGUUCUCGGCAGCUAAGAGUUGGGAAUCACAGGUGAAAUAUGUGUAUAUGUUGUACAAAAUAUCUAAACAAUUUGUACUCUUUGUCUUCUCUUUUAAUUUAUGAAACCUUUAAUUCAUAGUAGUAACCAAGGGUUAUCUAGCAUCAAGACGUGGUCAAAAUCCUGUAUGAGUAUACAUUCAUUUUGGGACUCAUUCUUCUACAUGAUAUUAGUGUGUAUUAGUUUCGGAUCUAUCGUUACCCCCUUGAGAAUGCUCAUUGGAUAUUUAAAGAACAAUUUUGCAGAGAGUAAUAAGCUUCUGUUAGUCUUUUGGGGAUUUCUGGUUCAAACUUAUCUUGAUUUUCUCUGGUUUGUUUUGUGUUUCUCUAUUAUUGAUUAUUAAAUACAUAACCUAAGGUUUGAAU